GGAGAGCGUGAGCGCGCGCAAGCUAGCGAGCAAACCAGAGAGACGAGAGAGGGACCAGGAGAAAGACCCAGAGAAAGAGAAGAGGAAGCCGAGCUCUGUGAGGACUCAAUCUCCAACUUGUUUCAAUUCAUUCAUCCUUCUCUUCUCUCUGCCUCGGGGAAGUGACUGUGGCGCUUGGUCUCUCCAAGUUGGUGCCUAAGAAGAUGAUAAUCACACAAAUGAGUCACUUCUACACAACCAGCCUUGGGCUUCUUUUCCUGAUUAAUAUUUUUCCUGUAAUAACUGGCCAAGGGGAAUCAAGACGACAAGAACCUGGAGAUUUUGUGAAGCAGGAUAUUGGCGGACUCUCUCCUAAGCACGCCCCAGAUAUUCCUGAUGACAGCACGGACAACAUCACCAUAUUCACCAGAAUUUUAGACCGUCUUCUGGAUGGCUAUGAUAACCGACUACGACCUGGGCUUGGAGAUGCAGUGACUGAAGUGAAGACGGACAUCUAUGUGACCAGUUUUGGCCCCGUGUCAGACACUGACAUGGGUUGUGCAGCCAUCACCAAUAUGGGCACCCCAUCGCUGGUGAAUGGACAUUCAGCUGUGUUUACCACCAUUCAUUUUAGCUUAAUCUCAUUUUCUGUUCUCCUUUCUUUUAGGUUAACAAUUCAUGCUGAGUGCCCCAUGCAUUUGGAAGAUUUUCCUAUGGAUGUGCAUGCCUGCCCACUGAAGUUUGGAAGCUAUGCCUAUACAACAGCUGAAGUGGUUUAUUCUUGGACUCUUGGGAAGAACAAAUCUGUGGAAGUAGCACAGGAUGGCUCCCGCCUGAAUCAGUAUGACCUGCUGGGCCAUGUUGUUGGGACAGAGAUAAUCCGGUCUAGUACAGGAGAAUAUGUCGUCAUGACAACCCACUUCCAUCUCAAGCGAAAAAUUGGCUAUUUUGUGAUCCAGACCUACUUGCCAUGUAUCAUGACUGUCAUUCUGUCACAAGUGUCUUUCUGGCUCAACAGAGAGUCUGUCCCUGCCCGUACGGUCUUUGGUGUCACCACUGUUCUCACCAUGACCACCUUGAGUAUCAGUGCCAGAAACUCCUUACCUAAAGUGGCAUACGCGACGGCCAUGGAUUGGUUCAUAGCCGUCUGUUAUGCCUUUGUAUUUUCUGCGCUGAUUGAAUUUGCCACUGUUAACUACUUCACCAAGCGGAGUUGGGCUUGGGAAGGCAAGAAGGUGCCAGAGGCCCUGGAGAUGAAGAAGAAAACACCAGCAGCCCCAACAAAGAAAACCAGCACCACCUUCAACAUCGUGGGGACCACCUAUCCCAUCAAUCUGGCCAAGGACACUGAGUUCUCCACCAUCUCCAAGGGCGCUGCUCCCAGUGCCUCCUCAACCCCAACAAUUAUUGCUUCGCCCAAGGCCAACUACGUGCAGGACAUCCCGACUGAGACCAAGACCUACAACAGUGUCAGCAAGGUUGACAAAAUUUCCCGCAUCAUCUUUCCUGUGCUUUUUGCCAUUUUUAAUCUGGUCUACUGGGCCACCUAUGUCAACCGGGAGUCAGCUAUCAAGGGCAUGAUCCGCAAACACUAGAUAGUGGGGAUGCAGCAACCAGAGCACUGUAUACCCUAGGAAGCAUCCAGGCACCCAAACCCCAGGGCUCCCCUUUCUGUAUUUCAGGAUUCUUCUUUUUAACUCUCUACCAAGCUGUGACUCUCAAUUCAUAUUUAUGAAUCUCAAUGAAAAAAAUAAUAACAGAAAAAUUACUUGUCCCUCUGACAUUGCUGAGUGUACCCUCAUCAGAGCCAAACACUGCCAUUUGUUCAGUUGCUCAUCUUAGUCUGUCAGUCAGUCUCCCCCAGCUGAGGGCACUGCAUGUAUUUUAUUGCACUCUGCCCACUGCAAAAAGAACAGGAGACUCAACUACUUGUAGUGGGAAACUUGGCUAUUUGAGUGGUCCAGACCAAGGAGGAUUCUUGAAUGGUCCAGAUCAGAUGAUUCUGACUCAUUCACGAGCCAGGCUAUCCCAUGUGGUCCUAGCCUGCUAUUUCCUUUACCUACAGCUGGGCCCACUAUGCAAAAGUACUGCUAGCAAAGGCAGGAGCCAGUGCUAACCUCUAAACCUGGCCCCAGCCUCUUCAUUGGCUUGGAGGUUAGUGGGGACUGUUGAAGCUCACUAAUGUCAAUGAUAUAUGGCCAAAACAGAACCAACUAGGCCAGCCUGGCCCCAAGAUGGCUGAUGCUCUGCCAUGUUCAGCCGCUCAGGAAAAUAGUAUCUUCUUUGGUAUAUCUCUCCUUCAGAAAAGUCCUUUGACCCUCCUUUGUCAGCUGGACACUGCUUAGUUUGGACUCAUUACUGUCUGCAAAUUCUUCAGGAAAAGGAUCAAGUAUUUUUGUAAUUUAUAUUAAAAAGGGACAAACAGAAACAAAAAGAUCUAAAUCAAAUGCCUACACAAUAUUUUUUUAAAAAUUAGGUAGGAAAGUCACCUCCCUGCCAAGGCAACUAGUCAAAUACUGGAUGAGGCAAGAGAUUUGGGCUGGGUGGUAAAACUUAAAGUCUGACUCUAAAGAGAGGGCCACUGGCAGGUGAAAGUCCAGUUAUUCCUUCCAUGCCCUCCACACUCUAAAUGCUAGCCCAGGCCUAAGAACUGUGCUCUCACUAUGUCAGGGAACUAUGGUUCUCUAUUGAUGCCAAUUCUUAGAGGGGUGAAUUGGAGUCUAGUUGAUUUUUGAGUCAAGUGAAUCAUUAUUACCAGUUUGUUAAUAUAUUACUAGGGGCCAUUUGAUCUCAUUUGUUCUUAAUGUAUUAUGAUUGUAAAAUUUUUAUAAGAUAGAAAAACUGAGUCUCAGAUGUUUAAAUGACUUGCCUAGACACCUUAUAAGUGUCUGUAAUAGAGAACUAUCAUGGGUCCCUUUCCAAAGGCCAAAAUGAAGACAGGACUGAGAAGCCAGGUCCACUUGACCUCUAAAUCAGCACAAUCUCAACAGUCCUGCUGACUCCUGCAUGCAGUUUGGUUGAACACCAAAAAGAUUUGUAGAAAGAAGUCACAAUGUGUCACCCAAGGAGACCACUUCUAAUAGUCAUGGCUCAAUGGAAUGAUAUUAAGAUGGCAGUCCCAGCCACUAGUCCAGAUUAUCCCAGAAGCCUAAGCCACAGAUGGCACCAAAAUCAGACUGUCCCUGCCCACUACCUAAACAAAGCUCCUAAGGGGUUUAUCAUUAGCCACUGGUUGCCUUUGCACCCAUCCAUCCCCUCCAUCCCCUGCUUCUCUGCCAUUGCUGGGAUAAUGCAUGCCAGUCCCAUUAUUUCUGAGUAUGUCUGUAGGCAAUUUCAUGACUAGAAGAGUGUAGUGUUGUGGGUAUGUGGGUUUGGGGGGUGGUGGGGUGGGUGGGGCUGUUAAUGAUCGUCUAAAGGAGUUUAGAAUGAAAGCCUGACCUUUGCCUUUCUGUAGAAAUUGUGUUUCCAAAUGCUUUGGUGCAAUGUUUAGCGGCUGUUUAUUAAACUUCUGAAUUGUA